AAUUUGGGCAGUUAGGAGAAAGUAAACGGCUCUUACCACUCUGAAGGUAAUUUAUAAUCAUUGUACCCUGGAAAACCUUCAUAUUUCGAGGAACAGUAGACUAUCUUUGUAGGGCAAAGGUUGAUGUAGGUCAGUCCUACACUUGAGUGCCUCUGAGAGAUUGCUGACACUCAGUUGUGAAAGCAUUGAAGCAACUAGAAGAGUGUCGAGGAGAGUCUUGCAGCAGCUGUCAUGCUAAAGGGAAAAACUGAUGUUCCACCUGCAGCAUCAAAGACGAGCACCGAUCCUCCUGCCAAACCUCCAAGAACCUUCGAUCAGGACGACAAUCCAAUAAAAACUCCUAGAGAGCGGAAAAAGUCGGUUACCUUGAUGUCGGCGGAAUUGGAGACCGCGUUGGCCCCCGCUGAGAGGCUGUUUACCUCUGAGAGAAACCAGGCGGUUCGGCUGAGGAUGGAGAGCGUGGGUCCGGGCUCGGAGACUCCCAUCACCAUUCAUCAGUUGUUCCUGGAGGCGGUGGAGAGCUACGGGGAUCACCCGGCUUUGGUUUUCAGGAAAGGUGGCCGGAUGAUGACUCUGACCUGGAGGCAGUACUACGAACAAUGUCGUGCAGCGGCCAAGAGCUUCCUCAAGCUCGGGUUGGAGCGUUACCACGGAGUCGGCAUUCUGGGAUUCAACUCUCCCGAGUGGUUCAUCUCAGACAUUGGCUGCAUCUUAGCAGGGGGUCUGGCUGCCGGUAUUUACACGACCAACUCUGCAGAGGCCUGUCAUUACGUAGCCUCUAACUGCGAGGCAAACGUCCUGGUAGUGGAGAACCACCAGCAGCUGGAAAAGAUCCUGCAGGUUAAAAAUCAGUUACCUCAUCUGAAAGCUAUUGUCCAGUAUGAAGGUGAACUGGAGCAGAAAGCAGAGUUCCUCUACACAUGGGACCAGUUUAUGAAACUUGGAGAGAACAUUCCCAACAAGCGGCUGAACGCUGUGAUCGACAGUCUGCGGGCCAACGAGUGCUGCACCCUCAUCUACACCUCCGGCACCACCGGAAACCCCAAAGGCGUCAUGCUGAGCCACGACAAUAUCACGUGGACGGCCCGCACCGUGUCCAAGAUGAUUAACCUGCACUGCUGCGAGGAAGUGCUCAUCAGUUACCUGCCGCUCAGCCACAUCGCAGCGCAGAUGAUGGACAUUUGGUGCUCCAUGAGUCUCAUAGCCACCGCCCAUUUUGCAGAGCCGGACGCCCUGAAGGGAUCUUUGGUGAACACGCUGAAAGAGGCUCGUCCGACCGGCUUCCUGGGCGUUCCUCGGGUUUGGGAGAAGAUCCAGGAGAGCAUGAAAGCUGUUGGCGCCAAGGGCUCCGCGCUCAGGAAGAGGGUGGCGGACUGGGCCAAGUCCAUCGGCCUGCAGUACAGCUACAGCGCCAUGAACGGGGAGAACGAGGUGCCGUGGGGCUUCAUGCUGGCCAACAAUCUGGUGUUUAAGAGAGUCCGGUACGAGCUGGGUUUGGACCGCUGCAAGCUGUGCUGCACUGGAGCCGCUCCCAUCACCAAAGAAACUCUGGACUACUUCAUGAGCCUGAGCAUCCCGGUGAAGGAGCUGUACGGCAUGAGCGAGAGCUCCGGCCCACACGCCGUCUCCAUCCACGAGUACCGCAUUGGAAGCGUUGGGAAGGUGAUGGCGGGCUGCAAAACGAAGCUGGAUAAGCCGGACGCGGACGGGAACGGGGAGAUCUGCUUCUGGGGCCGGCACGUCUUCAUGGGCUACCUGAACAUGCCGGACAAAACGGCCGAGGCGCUGGACGAGCAGGGCUGGCUGCACUCUGGAGACUUGGGCAAACACGACGAGGACGACUUCCUGUACAUCACAGGCAGAAUAAAAGAGAUCAUCAUCACCGCCGGCGGCGAGAACAUCCCCCCCGUCCCUAUCGAGGACGCCGUGAAGCACGAGCUUCCCAUCAUCAGCAACGCCAUGCUGAUCGGAGACAAGCAGAAGUUCCUCUCCAUGCUGCUCACGCUCAAAUGCGUAAUGGACGACGAGGGCAACCCCACCGACAUCCUGAGCCCCGAGGCUGUGGACAUCUGUCGGCAGCUCAACGUCAGGGCCACCAAGGUGUCAGAGAUCAUAGCCAAUAAGGAGCCGGUGCUCUACAAAGCCAUUCAGGACGGCAUCAACCGGUUCAACAAAACAUCCACGUCCAACGCUCAGAAGAUCCAGAAGUGGAUCCUACUGGAGAAAGAUUUCUCCGUCCACGGAGGAGAACUGGGACCCACCCUGAAACUGAGGCGGCCCAUUGUGGCAAAAAUGUACCAGGACCAAAUUAACAAAUUGUACUCGCGCUGAACUGUCCAUAUGUGGUUCCUGGAGAAGUAAAAGACUGAGAGCAGACCUCUGUUGCCUA